AAAGACUUUAUUAUUAUUACACGUGUUGUACUUAGCUAUGCGUUAUGUGUAAUUGGAGACGUUAGUCUUCAUCUAGUUUUCCCGUGAACUGGUCAACUUACAGACUCACAUUCACAACAUCGUACAGAUGGACAAGUUGCAGAGACAUCCGCUAUUGCAAGUAACUGAAGAUGACGUAAGAAAGGCGAGGGAGUUUUACAACCUCGAUGAGAACAGGAUCUCAGAAAGCCUAGAGGCCAUUGGGGCGUGGUUUAAGAAGCAAGAUCAUCUGGCAGACGUGUAUCGACUCAUGUAUCCGGACUUGUUGGAGCGUUUGUUUCUUAUGUCACGAGGUUCAGUUGAAAUGACUAAGAACAAGUUGGACAAACUAUUUACUAUGAGAGGAAUGAUGCCAGAUAUAUGUCUCAACAUGACUUACCCAGAAUUUGUAGAACUCAAUGAUUGGUUAAUUUACGUACCAUUGCCAAAGUUGAACCCCGCCGAUCAAACACGAGUUAUGAUGACCCAAGUGAUAAGCGGCAAAGCGGACGACUGGAAUAUGUUAGCGUAUAUGAGAUAUAGUUUUCUGGUUGGGGAAUUCAGGCUACACUACGACUACAGUUUAGGUGACCGGUACGUCAUCGACCUACAGAACACUACAUUCAGCCUUGUGACUAAACUAAAUCCGAUUAUUUUGAAAAAGGCUGAAAUUUUAUGCACCGAAGGUUUUGGUACAAAGAUCAAAGGAAUCCACUUCUUAAACGCCCCAUCGUUUGUUGACAAGCUGGUCGCAAUAGUCAAACAAGGUUUAAGAGGAAAAGUUGCCAAUAGACUUCAUGUCCACAGAACUUACGAAGAUUUUCAUAAUGAAAUAUCUAAAGAAAUUCUUCCUAAGGAAUACGGUGGCGAUGGCCCUAGCUGUAUAAAGUUAGCAGAAUUGUGGAGGGAUACCUUAAAAACAAAAGAAGCAGAAAAAAUAAUAGAAAUCAACAACAAACUCAUAAGUGACGAAACAAAACGGAUGAACGGAAAAUUCAAUGAAGAAUACUUUGGAAUACCUGGUUCUUUUAGAAGUCUGACUGUUGAUUGAUGAAAAUUUUAUUAAUAAAUAAAUAUAAUGGAAUCAGUGUUUAUUAGGUGAUAAUUGUAAAUUAAUAGGUACUUUAAAAUAUGUAUUGCGUUUAUGGCGUUUAUAGUGUUUAAAAUGUUACGAAAUAAAUGAGUUCAGAAAAAAUUAA